ACUUCUCAUCACCUUUGUCUUGCUAUUUUCCCAAUCAAUUCGUGAAUUUUCUUGUACUGUAGUCUGUCUGUUGCGAAUCUGACUAUGUUGCUUUUAGUUGUUGAUUCUAGUGUUACGAUGAUCAUGAUGCACAUGUUUUCGACGUGGUGUUUGUAAAUGAAUUUCAUAGGGUUCUGGGUUUGGGGAUUUUUUUCAAUUAGCGCCUGUAAUCACAUGUUUUGAUAUUAUGUAAGUAUAUAUAUAUAUAUAUAUAUAUGGAACUUGAUUACAUAAGUAAGUGUAUAUGUCUAUUUAUCAAUGCAUGGGUCUAUAGGUAUUUGUAUGUAUAACAUUUAUAUAGUGAAGAGUGUUUGGUUGAGGAGUUGAUAUUGCCAUAGGCUGAUCUGUAUCUUUUUGCCAAUUGAAUGCUUCUUCUGCGGUUGGCUUGGCUGAAUGCUUUUUUUGCUUAUGAAGAGUUAUUUUGGGCCCUUGAUUGUCUUAAAUUUGAUAGUUUCCUUUUGCUGCGUAUGCUACAUACCCGAGAUUAGCUUAUUUUAUUUUUUUUAUUGUUAAUUUUUUCUUCAUGAUACCGUGUGUGACGAAGUGGAAAUUACUUAAAACUUAAAAGCCCAUUUGGGACAAUAUGGUUUGUCAUAUAUGGGAAAAUUACAGUUUUUCUGCUCAAUAUACAGACUGUUUUAUGAACUACUUACAUUGAUUUGGCUGUGACUGGUGCUCACCAAUGAGAAAAAAUGAGCAAGAAGUUGCCCCUAGUUUUUCUGGAUGUGUCUAUUGAUGGCGAUUCUGCUGAAAAGAUGGUUUUUGAGCUUUUCUCUGAUGUUGCUCCCAAGACUGCGGAAAAUUUUCGUGCACUCUGUACAGGGGAGAAGGGAAUUAGUCCUAAGAUUGGAAGACCCCUCCACUACAAAGGAUCCUUUUUCCAUUCCAUUAUUAAAGGAUCAAUGGCUCAGGGUGGUGAUUUUCUUAAACGAGAUGGAAGUUUCGGAGAAAGCAUAUACGGAGAGAAGUUUCCAGAUGAACCACCAUCCAAGCUAAAGCAUGAUGAGCGUGGUCUUUUAUCAAUGGCAGUGGCAGAUCGCGAUGCACGUGGUUCUUUAUUUAUAAUCACCUUCGAGGCCAAUCAUCAGCUUGACAGGAAGUAUGUAGUUUUUGGGAAACUUGUGCAAGGGCAAGAAGUUCUGAAGAAGAUGGAAACUGUGGGUGACGAAGAUGGAAGGCCAUCUGUGACUGUGAAGAUCAUCAAUUGUGGUGAAUUCCUUGAGGAGAAAAAGAAAGUGAAUAAACUGAAAAUGGGAAAGCACAAGAAAUCUUCAAGAGACAGAAGGAAAAAGAGAAGAAGAUAUUAUACGACUGAAUCAGAUACUUCCUCGGAUAGCGAGAUGGAAUCAUCUGAAUCUGAUACUGAUUCUGAUUCAUAUACAUCGUCAUCGUCUCACUUAAGUUCUUCAAGUGAUGACAGACGCAAGAAGAGAAAGAGAUCAUCUAAGAGAGACAGAUAUAAACGUGGAAAAAGGAGAGACAAGCGGCAUGAAAAAAAGCGUAGGAGGCGUGAUAAGAGAUCAAAGCGCCAAUCAAAAAGGGCAUCUGAUAGUCUUACUGAUACUGAGAGCGAGAGUAAAAGUGAAACUAGAUCAGAUGAUAACGGUGAUGCUGAUGUUAAGGGUCCAGAUCGGAAGCAUAAAAACCAGGUUCAGACAAGUGUUGGAAAUCAAUUUCCUUCUGCUGAGGGAGCAGCUUCUAUACCUCGUAAGAAGGGAGAGGCAACUGAUAUAUUUGAGACAGAAGAGGGUGAAUACCCGAAGGAAAAUGGACAGCGGCAUAGUAAUGGAAUAGAAGUGGAAACUAAGUCUGACAGAAGUGCAGAUAGGCCUGAUGUAGUGGAUGAUCACCGAGGAAAAUCUAGGAGCCGUAGCAUUAGUCCUAAGAGGACGAUGAGCAAGAGUAUGAGUAUUAGUCCCAAGAGAAGUUUGAGCAAGAACCAGAGUGUGAGCAGGAGUCGCAGUGUGGAUAAGAGCCCUCCACAAGUCUCUCGACGAAGCAGGAGUAUCAGCAGAAGCCCCGUGAGAAGUGUCAGCAGAAGUCCUGUAAGAGUUAAGAAGGGAAGAAACAUCAGCAGGAGUCCAUUCCAAGCCCGGCCUGGAAGAAGCAUUAGCAGGAGUCCCACAACAUCCCCACCCCGAAGGAGACUUAGCCGAACCCCACUAAGAAGCUCAUCAAGGAAGUUAUCACGGAAGUCAGAGAGCAGAAGCCCUGUAAGAGUGGUGAAAAGAAGUGUAAGCAGAAGCCCUGUAAGGUCUUCUCGAAGAAGUGUGAGCAGAAGCUCCGGUAGGGCCCCUUCUAGGAGAAGCAUUAGCAAGAGUCCAGUUAGGGCACCUGCAAGGAAUAUUCAUCGCAGCUAUUCAAGGAGUCCUGUAAGUGCAGGACGUAGAGCAAGGUCUCCUAUUUCUGAUCGUGGAAGGAGCUCAUCAAGAAGUCCUUCCCCAGAUGGAUCACCUAAGCGCAUCAGAAGGGGAAGGGGUUUCAGUGAGCGAUUCGCUUAUGCACGCAGGUAUCGUUCUCCAGAUCGUUCUCCUGUGAGGUCCUAUCGUUAUGGCAGGAGUGAUCGUGACAGAUACUACCGGAGAUCCCCUAGGCGUUACAGGAGCCCACCCAGAGGGAGAACUCCUCCAAGAUACAGAAGCAGAAUAAGCAGGACAAGGAGUCCUGUAUCAAGGAGCCCAAUUCGCUACCGUGACCGCCGUUAUAGCCGCAGUCCUAUCCGCAGCCAUUCUCCUAUCGAGACAUCUAGAUUCCGUGAAUCCCCACGUGCUGAGAGGCAGAGGUCACCUCCUCGCAACAGGAGCUCAUCAAUAUCAAGGUCCUCACUUGACUCGCAAUCACCUAAGCAGGCAAACAAAGACAGGUCAAGGUCAUCUUCUGGAAGCCCCCCUGAGAAGGGGGGUUUGGUCUCGUAUGGAAACGGUUCUCCUGACUCGGGCCAGAGGUAAGGAUGUGUUUUGAUGAUUCUAGCAGUGGUUUUGACGAGCUUUGAAAUGAUCAUGAUGAAUAAAGGAUCCAAGGUGUGAGGUGAUCGCGACGAUUGAAGAUGCAUGGACUUGUGAUGUUUUGACUCCGUUUAGGAGGCUGAACAUGUUUGAGAGAUGUAUGUUGAAUAAUGAUGGAUGUUACAUUAUGUUUCAGUUAAUUGUGGCAGUGGAUGUUCUUAAUAGCCCAUUUGCUUAGGCUGUCAUUUGAGGGUUAAAAACCUUUUUAAUUAGAGAAAAUCCAGGUACUUAGUUUGCAAUUUUAUCUAUGUGAACAGGAAUGACGUUUAAGUAAAGUUUUAUUUGGGUGUGCUAUAA